AUGGCUCCCCAACAAGCUGCUGUCGGUAAAAACAUCCAAGUCGAAACAAGCGAAUUCGAGUCACCCUCCCAGACAUCACCGCCGUCUCCUUUGUUGGAACAGCGAGUUGAUCGACACGAUGCGGACUUGGUGUUCAUCAAGGACAUGCUCUACAAGAUCCUUCGAAACCAAACCCUUGGGGUCGUCUCCGAUUCCGUUCCUCCAGGGUUCAACAGUCCAGUCUCGGGUGUUCCACUUCCUCAGACGACGACACCGUUGAUGGGAUCUAGCAGUCAACCUACGGCGGGGAUUUUACCAAACCCAGAACAAGAAUCCCACCUAAAGCCAGCGACUUUACGCUUCUCUGUCCCACCACAGGAACAGCAGACCUAUACGCAGAGUUACACAUCGGAUUUUCCUAACCGUCAGAUGGAGCUACCGUUGUUCGAAGGUAAGAGUCCUGACGAUUGGCUCUUUAGGUUGGAAAAAUGCUUUGCUAGUAGAGGUACACCGGAGUAUGCAAAGAUAGAUCUUGCUAUAUCUUGUCUCACCGGAUCCUCAGUCACAUGGUGGCGUAUGGCGUAUGGUAGACAGAGGAUAGGGAGCUGGAAAUAUUUUAUGGAAAAAUUUAAGUUGCGAUUCAAACCCAGCAGAGGGUUGUCGGCCCUAGACCGGCUUAUGAGUAUUCACCAGAGAGGUAGCGUGGAAGAGUACCGUGAACAGUUUAAGGAGUCGGCUGUGGAACUGCCUCAUGUAACAUAUGACAUUUUGGAAUCAGCCUUCCUCCGAGGGUUGCGCAAGAGCAUACGAGAUCAAGUGGUGCGUUGCAGGCCUUUUGAUUUGGCAGAGAUAGUGGAUACCGCUAAAAUGAUUGAACAUCAGGAAGGGGAAAACACCAGUUUACAAUCUCGACAAACAGUGAGAUCCUUUUACUCACCCACACAUGGUCAAGCAACGAGUUCAUCACGACCAGCGGAUCAUUCUCAAGGCAAGCGUCCCAUGGAGAGUAGUAAAGAAGUCAAGAAAACCACUGGGGGAAACUCAAAUCCCUGUAGACAUUGUGGAGAUAGGUGGUUUCCUGGUCAUCAUUGUAGAACUCAGCAAAAGCUGAAGUGUGUAGAAGUCGCUGAGGAAGAUGAACAAUAUUGUGAUGCAGUCGAAGAACCACAAUCUCAAGAAGUGCAGGAAGCAGAUGUGGAAGAGAUACAGGAGUAUGAGGUACUAUCUCUUAGUUCCAUGUCAGGUCUAACCGAUGAAAAGUCAAUGAGAAUGAUGGGGAAGCUGGUGGACAGAGAUGUAGUGGUAUUGGUGGACUCUGGUGCCACUAGGAGUUUCGUAGACUAUGAGUUGGUGAAACAGUUGGGACUGCAAAUUUCAACUACACGUGCUUUUGGGGUACGAGUAGGAGGAGGAAAGAUCUUAAAGGGCAAGGGUCGUGUAUCUGGUACCUUGUUGGGAAUAAAAGGAGUUAAGAUAAUGGAGGAUUUGCUGGUUAUCGAGUUAGGAAGUACUAAUGUGGUGCUGGGAUAUUCGUGGUUGGCAACUCUGGGUGACACCCGGAUAAAUUGGCUGAACCGAACUCUUAGCUGGAAGAUUGGACCUCGUUGGGUUACCAUUGUGGGAGACCCUGCUCUGAGUAAAGAAUCGAUCUCAUUGCAUUCUAUGGAACGAGUCAUACAACACCAAGGAGAGGCUUAUCUGCUUGAGCUAACCACUCUAUUCGAUGGUAAGGAACCCCAAGACAGGAAGAUUCCUGAGGUGGCUGCAGUUCAGGACCUGGUCGCACAAUAUCCAACUGUUUUCGAGAUGCCUCAGAGUUUACCCUCUCCGAGAAACAGAGAACAUGCCAUUAACCUACAACCAGGUAAUGCUCCGAUCAACUUGCAUCCUUACAGAUAUUCGUUUAUUCAAAAUAACGAGAUAGAGAAGUUGGUUCAAGAGAUGUUGGAUGCUCAGAUUAUCAGACCAAGCGUGAGUUCGUAUUCAAGUCCAGUCCUAUUGGUGAAGAAAAAGGACGAGGGUGGCAUUUUUUUGUAG